UCCUCCGGGCUCCAGGUUGGCGCAAACAAAGCCCUGAUUGACUGCCCGGAGGGGCGGGCCUCGCUGCAUGGCCGCCUCCUCCCCUCCCAGGCCGCCAGGGAUUUGCCGGGAAGGGCGGGGGCAGGGGGAGACUCCCGGGGGUGCGCAGGACCGCGGGGGGCCGAGUCCUCGGGCUCGAGAAGAUUGUGUCCACCCGCUGUCCGAGGCCCAGGCCGUCCCCUCGGGUCGUCCUCCUCAAGUCCAAGGAGGGACAUGGGAGCUCCUGAGGGCAGGGUGGGGUUCCUCGCGGGCCAGCUGUCGUCCUAGGGUCCCCGGGGCCACCUCAGUUGCGGGCUGCUUGUGAGGAAGGAGGGAAUGGGAGCAAAGAACAGGAGGGGUCUUCCCGAGGCUCGGGGUUGAUCAAUGUCGGUUCUAGAGCCUGCGGGGAAAAGAGGGCAGGAGAACAGGAUAGUUUGUGCUCCCUUUUUUCCAUUUUAACUUUUCCUCUAACGGGCAUCCGGGCAAGAACAGGGUUCAGUAGUUUGGGAAGGGAGCUGGGGGAGGCAGUGGCGGCUGGAGUAGGUAGGCGAGUAAAAGGAGGAGGAAGGGCUGGAGAGAAGAGCGAGGCUGUAGCGGCUGCCUGUUGAGGGAGGAAGAGGUGGGGGGUGUGGAGGAGGGGGAGGAGAGAGAGAUGACAUGGGGAGAGGAGGAGGGGGGUUGGACGUGGGAGGGGGAGGAGAGGGCUCGAGGGACCGUCUGUCGCGGGACGGGCUGGCCAGCUGGGGCGCGGAGCCUGGAGGAGGAGGCAGCGGCAGCGGCAGCGGCAGCAGCAGCCCUCCGAGCAGCAGCAGCUGCAGCAGCAGAAACAAGUACCAGCCACACAGCGGCUCCUCUGGCCCAAGCAGCCACAGUCCCCCCGCCGCGAUGGCGCUGCAAAGCCAGGCGAGCGAGGAAGCAAAGGGGCCCUGGCAGGAGGCAGACCAGGAACAGCAGGAGCCGGUGGGUAGCCCAGAGCCGGAGCCUGAGCCGGAGCCUGAGCCCGAGCCCGUGCCAGUGCCCCCGCCCGAGCCCCAGCCGGAGCCCCAGCCCCUACCGGACCCCGCACCCCUGCCGGAGCUGGAGUUCGAGUCCGAGCGGGUGCACGAACCCGAGCCCACGCCUACGGUAGAGACCCGCGGCACCGCGCGCGGUUUCCAGCCUCCCGAAGGUGGCUUCGGCUGGGUGGUGGUGUUCGCUGCCACCUGGUGCAACGGCUCCAUCUUCGGCAUCCAUAACUCUGUCGGGAUCCUCUACUCCAUGCUGCUAGAGGAGGAAAAGGAAAAAAAUCGCCAAGUGGAGUUCCAAGCAGCAUGGGUAGGAGCCCUCGCGAUGGGUAUGAUCUUCUUCUGUUCUCCCAUUGUGAGUAUAUUCACUGACCGUUUGGGCUGCCGAAUCACAGCAACCGCGGGGGCUGCCGUUGCUUUCAUUGGCCUCCAUACCAGCUCCUUCACCAGCUCCCUAAGCCUGCGCUACUUCACCUACGGGAUUCUCUUUGGUUGUGGCUGUUCCUUCGCCUUUCAGCCAUCCCUCGUCAUCCUGGGCCACUACUUUCAACGCCGCCUGGGUCUGGCCAAUGGUGUGGUGUCUGCUGGGAGUAGCAUUUUCUCCAUGUCCUUCCCCUUCCUCAUCAGAAUGCUGGGGGAUAAGAUCAAGCUGGCCCAAACCUUCCAGGUGCUGAGUACCUUCAUGUUUGUUCUUAUGCUGCUUUCACUCACCUACCGGCCCCUCCUGCCCAGCUCCCAGGACACCCCAAGCAAGAGAGGUGUCCGCACCCUGCACCAGCGCUUUCUGGCUCAGCUCAGGAAGUACUUCAACAUGCGAGUGUUCCGCCAACGCACUUACCGCAUCUGGGCCUUCGGGAUUGCUGCUGCUGCCCUUGGCUACUUUGUUCCCUACGUACACCUGAUGAAGUAUGUGGAAGAGGAGUUCUCAGAAAUCAAGGAGACCUGGGUGCUCUUGGUGUGUAUUGGGGCUACCUCAGGCCUUGGGCGUCUUGUGUCAGGCCACAUCAGUGACUCCAUCCCUGGACUUAAGAAGAUCUACUUGCAGGUCCUUUCCUUCCUGCUCCUGGGCCUGAUGUCCAUGAUGAUUCCCCUGUGCCGGGACUUCGGGGGCCUUAUCGUCGUCUGUCUUUUCCUGGGCCUUUGCGAUGGCUUCUUCAUCACCAUCAUGGCCCCCAUUGCAUUUGAGCUGGUGGGCCCAAUGCAGGCCUCACAGGCCAUUGGCUACCUCCUGGGCAUGAUGGCCCUGCCAAUGAUUGCUGGGCCCCCCAUUGCAGGCCUACUCCGCAACUGUUUUGGGGACUACCAUGUGGCCUUCUACUUUGCCGGUGUGCCCCCCAUCAUUGGGGCUGUAAUCCUCUUCUUCGUCCCUCUGAUGCAUCAAAGGAUGUUCAAGAAAGAGCAGAGAGAUUCCAGCAAGGAUAAGAUGUUGGCCCCUGACCCAGACCCCAAUGGGGAGCUACUGCCGGGCUCCCCCAACCCUGAGGAACCAAUCUAAUGCCUUUCUUGCCAUUGUGUGCCCUUUCCCAGCUCUUCCCCUUCAUCCCACCCUGCUCAGCAUUUACAUUUUUGCCACCAGCACACUUGUUCCCAGACCUGCGCACACAGCAUUUCAGCUACCUGACAAUCUCCUUGGAGUCAAAGCUCCAGGUGUUCCAAACUCAUUAACUAAAUUCUCCCCAGAAUGCCUUUAAAUUUUCCAGGGCCUUUCUCCUCCCAGGAUCUGGGAAAGCUUGGGAUCACCCCCUGGCCUUUGGAACCUCUCCAUAUACUUUCUAAGCCCUGGGGGAGGAGGAGGAUGAGACCUCCUGGCCCCAGCUUGUUAGUCACCCACUAUAAUCAACUGCCAAAGGUGCUACCGUGUCCCCAGGAGCCUAAUACGGUAGGCCCAAGCCUCUGUUUGCUGAGGAGGUCAUUGCCAUCCAUAUUUGGGAGCCACUGGGUGGAGGGGCAGGGAGGCAAAAUGAGACAAGUAGCCUUGGUUAGCCUUAGAGUUGCUGGUGGCUGUGGCUUCCCAAGAACUGGGUACAGGCAGUGCCCUUAUCGUAUGGUUGGUUAAUAGUCUGCUCCCCUCUUCCCUUCCUUCUUUUUUUUCCUCUACUGACUGCUCUCCAUACUCUUUCCCCUCUAUUUCUUUGUAUGACUUUCGUAGACACAUGGGUGCUUGGAGAAAGGAGGGACCCGGAACUUGGGCCAAUCAGCCUCACCUUGGCCCAGUCCACUCCUAACACUGGCAUCAGUCCCACUCAUCUCAGGCUGAGCCACAUCUCACUUUUUGGCUCAAGCUAUAUAAUCCUAGACUGGAAGAGUAGAAUAUCAUAUAGGGAAGAAACCUUAAACACCACAGCGUUCCAUGUUCCAGUCACUGAUUUUUACAAAUUUUACAGUCCAAGGCAUUAACCUCAAGGCCCUCCCAGCACCCCAUUCUUGUAUACACAUGGCAAAAUGUGAAGAAACUCCUUUCAUCUCAGCAGGCAGAGGAGGACUCAUGACACGAGCUGCCAUGGUGGGAGGAGGGGCAGUAGUUAUUGAUAUGGUGGACCAGCCCCAUCUCUCAGUUUUCAUGGCAGGUCUAUAUUUCUACCUGGGCCAGGCCAGGAAAGAGACUAUUUAAGAAAAAAAAUCAAUUCCCAGCCUGGAUCCCAAAAAGGUACAGGCAGCAGUUGCACAUAGGGUUGGACAAUUUCUCUUGGGAAGGGGAAGCCAUCCUAGCCUUUACCACCCAAUGUGUCUCCCAUGCUGGGCAUCCUAGGCCACUUUGCUUAGAGGACAUUAAAGGUGCCAUGAAAGGUAGACUCUGAACCACUUUGAUCCCUCUGAAGUAGGUGACUGAUGCUUCCUCAUGCCCAGGCUCUGGCAACAAUCUUACUGAAGAACAUUCCCAGUGCCCCUGGCUAGGGGCAGAGGGCACUGCCAGGCUGUGUUCAGUUAGCACAGCUCACCUCAUUAGGAGCUCAGCCUCUCUCCUCACUCUGCCUCUUUGUGUCUCUUUUUCCCCUCUCUGAGCCUUUGUCUAUUGUGUUCCUGUCACCCACCCUUUCAUCAUCUUUUUGCCAGGCAUUCCUGGCUGUCACUUGGAGCCAACAGUAACUUGCCACCCUAAGGCAGGGUCGUCCCAGGGCCAGGAGGAUGAGGUUGUCCUGAGGGGCUCCAAAGAAGACAAUAGUUCCCACUCAUGAUUUUCCGUUACAAACAGGCAGCUGGGGCAUGGUUGGCCUCCGAUGAUUUCAUUCAAGGCCAAAGUCCUGAGCCCCCUCCACUGGUCCCAGUCCAGCUCUUAUCAACUCCCCAAAGGAAAACCCACUGGUUCUUAGCUCUGUGGGUAGGAAGGGGCCCUAGAAAGGGCCUAGUUACUACCCUGUCUGUUCUAACAGUAGUGGAACAGGAGAAUCUGGGCCCUAGGAGCCCUGUAACUCCCAGGAGAGACCACUGAAAAUACUGGAGCAACAAUGCCCCUGCUUCCAUUCCUCCCCACCUCACUCUCACCAAGUCACCAGAGGGUGGUUCUGUAGGACCUCUUUUGUUGCUUAAGAUGCAGAUAGCUCUUAAGAAUCAGGCAGUCUCUCACUUCUCUCCAGAUGAAGGGAAGACAUUCAUAGGUCCCAAAUCUGCCCAUUCAGAUGUCACAUAACAUGGUGGGGUAUCAAUUUACUUCUUCCACACAUGUGGUUGUGCACAUGUGAGCUUGUGUGCUUUUGGAGAGAAUGUUGAUUGGCAAAAGCAGCACAGUAUUAAUAUUUAGAGUAGGAUGCAGCCUCUUAUGCACCACAGUUAAAUCUAGAACGAACAAAAUUUCAGAGCUCAAGACAUGGGACAUUUAAAUCCUCAAGGAGUUUGGAACAAAAUAAACAGAUCUAAAAAUUU